AUGAUAGAAACAGACGAAGAUGGCGGGGAAGGAAUCUGUGGCCCUUUCAAGGAGAACAAUUCCAUCAUCGAGGAGGAGGCUGAGCCAGCUGUCAUUCGUGAUGCGGAACCAGGGGAGAUGCUGCAAAAUUGGACGUCUACGCCGAUCCUGAUGUCCCGAACUCUGUGUAACGUAAGUUAUAAACCUGUCAAUGUCAUGUCAUGUCAUGAGCUAAACGAGCAAAAUGAGGUAAAUGAUGACGAGGUUGACGACUACGACAAAGAAACCUCUUACAAGUCGGUAACCAAGAAAGUGGUGGCCGAUUUUGUCCGCAACGAUCUGAUAUGCAGAUUUGGAGUUCCAGAAUCCAUCAUUACUGAUAACGGUGCAAAUCUCAACAGUCAUCUGAUGAACGAGAUCUGUGAACAAUUUAAGAUUAUUCAUCGAAGGUCAACUGCUUAUCGCCCUCAAAUGAACGGAGCUGUAGAGGCCGCCAACAAGAAUAUCAAGAAGAUUUUGAAGAAAAUGAUUGACAAACAGCGAGGUUGGCAUGAAAUGUUGCCAUAUGCUCUACUAGGUUAUCGAACAACGGUCAGAACAUCGACUGGGGCUACUCCAUACUUGCUAGUAUAUGGAACGGAAGCAGUCGUGCCUGUUGAAGUAGAGAUACCGUCAUUAAGGAUCAUCCAAGAAGCUGAGUUAAGUAACGCUGAAUGGGUUAGCAAACGGAUUGAUCAACUAGCCUUGAUUGAAGAGAAGAGAAUGGUCGCCGUCUGCCAUGGUCAGUUGUAUAGACAGAGAAUGACUCGCGCUUUUCACAAAAGAGUAAGAGCCAGAAGUUUUGAAGUUGGUCAGUUGGUCCUUAAGCGUAUUUUCCCUCAUCAAGAUGAGUACAAAGGAAAGUUCGCACCAAACUGGCAAGGCCCCUACAUGGUUCGUAAGGUGUUAUCUGGAGGUGCUCUGGUCCUGUCAGAGAUGGAUGGCACUGUGUGGCCCAAGCCUGUCAACUCAGAUGCUGUCAAGAGAUACUAUGCGUGA